AUGGCAGAAUGUGUUCGCGUCAUUUGUAGGUGUCGGCCAUUCAAUGUCCGAGAGACUGAUCUCAAAUCUAAGGCAUGUGUUCAGAUGUACGCUGAUACUGGGCAGGUUGUCCUGCAGAGUGAUAACAGCGAAAAACAGUUUACCUUUGACGGUGUUUAUCCGCCAGAAUCCACAUCUGAACAAAUUUACGACGAAAUUGUUUUCCCGUUGGUUGAGAGUGUUAUCGAAGGAUACAAUGGAACCGUUUUUGCCUAUGGACAGACCGGAUCCGGUAAAACCUAUACAAUGCAGGGUGAUAAUUCUGAUCCUCAAACAAAAGGCAUUAUACCGCGUACGUUUGAGCAUAUCUUUGAGGCAACAUCAAGUGAAAACGCCAAGUUUUUGGUGCAUGUUUCAUAUCUGGAAGUAAGCUUGUUAAAAUUUAUCUGCUCAAAUUUAUCUUUAUCUCUAUCUGCUUUUUACUUUAUUAGAUUUGCAGAAGUUCGAGAUUUGCUAACAAAAAAUGGUGAAAAGUUGGAAAUUAAAGAAGACGGUGAAAAUGGCAUUUAUGCUGGUGGUCUUUCCCUGCACCACUGUCAUGACGUAACUCAAUGUCAACGCCUUAUGCAAAUCGGUAAUGACAAUCGUCAUGUUGGCGCAACAUUAAUGAACAAAGAUUCAUCACGAUCUCAUUCGAUUUUUACAAUAUAUAUUGAAAUAAUGCUUGAAAACGGGUCUUUAAGAAAGGGUAAACUAAAUUUGGUCGAUUUAGCUGGUAGUGAACGACAAGCAAAAACAGGCACCACAGGUGAACGCUUCAAAGAAGCAACAAAAAUUAAUUUAUCAUUAUCGGCGCUCGGGAACGUAAUAUCGGCACUGGUAAGCGGAAAAGCAAAACAUAUACCAUAUCGAGACUCAAAAUUGACUCGUCUUUUACAGGAUUCAUUAGGUGGAAAUACAAAAACUAUAAUGGUAGCUUGUAUAUCACCGUCAGAUAACAAUUAUGACGAGACGUUGUCAACGCUUCGAUACGCAAAUAGAGCAAAAAAUAUCAAAAAUAAACCGCGUAUCAACGAAGAUCCAAAAGAUGCAUUGCUUAGAGAAUUUAAGGCAGAAAUUGAACGAUUACGAGCACUAGCUCAAUCUGGUGGUCAGGCCAGUGAAGAUGCAAAUGCAAUUAAGGUUGAACGAGAACAUCUGAAGCAAGAAUACGAUGCUGCAAUUAACGAACUUCGUAUGCAGUACGAAAAUGAACAAUCUAGUCGACUAAAGUUGCAGGAAGAGUAUGAAAAAUUGAAAGAACAGUAUGAGAAAGCAUCUGAAGAUUUGGAACUUGAGCGUAGAAUUGAUAACAAAGAAGCUAAAAAACGUCUCGAAAUUCUAGAGCAACAACUUGUCGGCGGUGAACAGAUAAACAAUGUAGCACUGAAAGAAAAAAGAAAUCAUCGAAUUAAGGAAGCUGAAAACAAAAUGCAUCGUUUAGCCGGUAAUACUGGAGUUUUACAAUUGUUUUUAAGUAAUGUUGGCUUAUUGUGGUCAAAAAUGAUGUAUAACACAAUAUUUGACGUGAUACAAUCAAAAAUUGCUGAACUAAUUGACCGAAAAGUUUUUAUUUCAGCAGCAUUAAAUGUUCAUGCCGAUGAUCCACUCCUUCAUGUCUACAGCUCAACACAGGAAAAACUAGAAGCAGUUACGGCAUUAUACAAAAAACAACGUUCUAAGGUCAAAUCUUUGGAAGCUGAAAUUGAUGAUCUUCAACGAGAGUUUGAACUUGAUCGUGUUGACUAUUUGGAAACUAUUCGUAAAGAAGAGCAACAGAUCAAGUUGUUACAACAAAUCCUUGAUAAAAUUCAAACGAUCAGCCGAAAAGAUACAAAUUAUGCAAAUCUUGAUCGCAUUAAAAGAAGUGCAUCUUGGAACGAAGAUCAGGGCAAAUGGAUAAUACCGGAAAUUGUUUUUUUAAAAACGACACUUCCAAGAGUAAGCUCAGGUAUUGGCACUUAUUAG